CUCUCUACUUUCUUUCACUUUCUUUCUCACUCCAUUGGAACCCAAAUCUCUCUCUCUCUCUCUCUCUCUCUCUCUCUCUCUCUCAAUGCAUUAACAUGAGCAGAGUGGGAAUUGGAGUCCACCACCGCCGGCAAUGAAUCCCAGCACCGAACAACCACCACCGCCGCCGCCGUUGCAGCCCCACCGCUCCUCCUUCAGCUGCGACCGCCACCCAACCGAGCAAUUCACCGGCUUCUGCCCCUCAUGCCUCUGCGAGCGCCUCGUAACCCUCGACCCUUCCUCCGCCUCCUCCUCCCGCCGCCCCUCCAACGCCGCGGCCCCUUCCUCCGCCGCCGCCGCCGCAAUUAAAGCCAUCUUCCGAGUCCCCACCAAACCCUCUUCUUCCUUCUUCCCGGAGCUCCGCCGCACGAAGUCGUUCUCCGCCUCGAAAAACGAGGGCUUUUCUGGAGUAUUCGAGCCCCAACGCAAGUCAUGUGAUGUUAGGGCUCGGAACACUCUAUGGUCUCUCUUCAGCAUUGAGUCCAUUGAAGUUGAACCUAAAACCCUAACUGGUCCAGUGCUUGAGUCCAAAGAGGAGGACCAGAACGACAAUGGCGGCGACGACGACGACGAUGAUAAUGAUGAUGAAAUUUUGGUCUCCGAGGAGCCAAAUGUAGCGAAUUUUGUGGAAGAAAGAGAUGAUGAAGAGGAAAUCAAGACAAUGAAGGACCACAUAGAUCUCGAUUCACAGGCGAAGAAGCCCUCUGGCAUGGAUUUCAAAGGUUUCUGGUCCGCUGCUUCGGUAUUCAGCAAGAAAUGGCACAAUUGGAGGCAAAAGCAGAAGCUCAAGAAGCGAAAUACCGGCGGAGAAUCGGCGGCAUUGCCCGUAGAGAAGCCCAUUUCGCGGCAGUACCGUGAAACCCAGUCGGAAAUCGCCGAUUACGGGUUCGGCCGACGAUCCUGCGAUACCGAUCCUCGGUUCUCCCUCGACGCCGAUCCUCGGUACUCUUUCGACGAGCCUAGAGCUUCCUGGGAUGGGUAUUUGAUCGGCCGGAGCUUUCCUCGGAUUCCACCGAUGCUCUCGGUGGUGGAGGAUUCUCCGGUGGGUCUCGUUUCGAGGUCUGAUAAUCAAAUUCCAAUCGAAGAACCCAUGAAUUGUAUCAAUGAGAACGAACCAAUCCCUGGUGGGUCUGUACAAACUCGGGAGUAUUACUCUGACUCGUCCUCGCGGCGGAGGAAGAGCUUGGACCGGUCUAACUCAAUGAAGAAGAUGGUGGCGGAGAACGAAGAAUUGAAAGCUGUUUCGAAUGCUAAAGUGUCUCCAGCGACAAUUGAUUACAUUCACGGGACUAAAUUGUUGGUGGGUGAGAGAGAUUUGAGGGACUUGAAUUCGAAUUCCUUGAGAGAUGACUGUUCUGAGACCUUUGAAUUGGGUUUUAGGGACAAUGCUUCUGUGAUUGGGAAUGGGGAAGGAAAGGGUUUGAAGAAGUCUCGCCGGUGGAGUAAGAUUUGGGGAUUUAUACACCGGCGAAAUGGAGGUAGCAAAGAUGAGGAGGAAGACAGGUAUAAUAAUAGUAGAGGAAAUGGGGUUGAGAGAUCGUUUUCGGAGUCUUGGCAAGAGUUUAGGAGGGAAAGUAAUGGUGAUGUGAGAGGGGGAUUAAGCAGAAAGGUGUUUCGAAGUAAUAGUAGUGUGAGCUCGAGGACUUCUUAUAGCAAUGGUGGAUCAUUUGGAAGUGUGAGAAAGCAGAGUAUUGAGACCAAUGGGCAUGGUAGAAAGAAGAGAGAUGAUUUUGUUUUGGAGCGUAAUCGGAGCGCUAGGUACUCCCCAAACGACAUUGAAAAUGGCCUCUUGAGGUUCUACUUGACGCCCAUGAGGAGCAGCAAUCGAAGAGCUGGACCGGUGAAGAACAAACCGAAUAACUCAUAUUCAAUUGCGAGGAGCGUAUUGCGACUGUACUGAAAAUCCAAAGUAAAUGCUUGUUGGUUCUUCCCGGGUUCUAGAGUUCACUUACCCGUCUUGGUUACGGAAUUUCAAUUUAAGUCUAGUUUGGGUUUGCUGAAAGGGGAGGGUUCUUGGAGCGGCAGGUAUCAGUGGUCAUUGAUCUGGGGCUAUGAAAAAACCGAGUUUAUAGGGUGUUGAUCAAGGUAGAAAGCAGCUUCUGCAAACAAAGCAUAGGAACUUUGAAGCGUUAUGAUAGAAGCUGGCGUGUUUGAACAAGCCGUGGAUCUGUUAAUGCCAGUGUCUCUGCUUCUCUUCCUGCAAUCAUGCCAACCUGGAGACCCUGUUCUAGUUGGACAGAUUAACUGAUCAUGGUGAAACAGGUGAAAUACAAUGCCCCAAAGCUUCAUAUCCAUACAGGGGAAGAUCCAAUGCUGAAAACUUUGGCCUGAAAAACUAAUAGAAAAGGCUACUGAAUCAUAAUAUUUAGCACCCAUGUAACGGAAUUAUGGGUAAUUCAGAAGAGAUCAGUUUAUCUCCUCAUUCAAUUCUUAUUUAUUUAUUUUUAAUUUUUUGCUUCUACUUUUAUUUAUUGUGGGUUUUAUUCUGUAACUGUAAUUGGUCAAUGAUGAAGAGAUCACUUGGAGAAUUUGUUUGAGA